GGCUGCUGCGUGCCGAGCCCCGUACGUUCCUGGAGCCAGGGCUGUUGUAAGACGUGGAAACGACUGUAUUCAACUAAUCAGAGCGAUUUCUGCUGCUGCAGAUGUGUAGACUGAGACAAAUUGGUUGCAGUCUGGGUCCAGGCAGGCUGCUGAGCUCGAGAGGGAAGAGGGGCAGGGCUUCUCAGACCACGCCCACUACCAGGGACCUCUUCCCCAGGGACAGGAGCACCUUGUGUCUCAAGCCACGCCCCCCAGUUGUCACGGUGAUGGGACAUGUAGACCACGGCAAGACGACGCUACUGGACUGGCUGCGGAAGACGAGCGUGGCAGAGAGGGAGGCUGGAGGGAUUACCCAGCACAUUGGAGCCUUCUCGGUGCAGCUGUCGACUGGUGAGAGGCUCACGUUCCUGGACACCCCGGGCCAUGCAGCCUUCUCCUCUAUGAGAGCCCGCGGAGCCAGUCUCACUGAUAUUGCGGUUCUGGUUGUGGCAGGGGAUGAUGGGGUGAUGGUUCAGACCAGGGAGUGUGUGGAUCUGGUGAGGAGUGCAGGAGUGCCGCUGGUGGUUGCCAUCAACAAGUGUGACAAACCGGGAGCUGAGCCUGUGAGUCUUCCUGCAUUACUGCAUUCGUUGGGUUCAUUAUUACAGCCUUGUGUGCCUUACAAUGAGAAGGAGAGGGUUGAGGAGGAGCUGCUGCAGUGUGGAGUCCAGUUGGAGAGGUUUGGUGGAGAUGUGCAGAGUGUCCGGAUCUCUGCAGUCACAGGGAGGGGUGUGCCUCAAUUGGAAGAGGCUCUACUGGCAGAAGCUGAGUUGAAUGCAGUGAUGGGAGAUCCGUCAGGACCUGUUGAAGCUGUUGUUAUUGAGUCACAUGUUGAUCGAGGGUUGGGCCCAGUUGCUAGUGUGGUAGUAAGACAUGGGACUCUGGAGUGUGGUGCGGUGCUAGUGGCUGGCAGGACGUGGGGGAAGGUAAGAGCCAUGUUUGACGAGAGAAGAAAACCCAUGAGAGAAGCCCCUCCCUCCACUCCUGUUCUGACUGUCGGCUGGAGAGAUCUCCCCACUUCAGGUGACAACUGCCUCCAGGCUGACAGUGAGUCUGCAGCACGUAGUAUGGUCCAACACAGAGCUUCCACUCCUGCCAGAUUAUCUGGAGUGCGGGAGAAUAGGGAGAGUGGCGAGGGUGGAGAGGGAGUUGGUGUAGUGGUGAAGGGGGACAUGGUGGGGAGUGUGGAAGUAGUGGUGCAGGUGCUGGAGAAGAGGCAACCAGAAGGUGCGGCAGUUCGUGUGAUUCACUCAGGAGUCGGUGCAGUGACAGACAGUGACGUGGAGCUUGCUGCUUCCACUGGCAGUGUCAUCUUGGCAUUUGGUGUGUCCUCGACCAAGUCAGUGAAGGCUCUGGCAAGACAGAAGAAUGUGACCAUCCAUUCCCAUACUGUCAUAUACAAACUGCUGGAGCUACUCAAGGAGCAUGUGAAGGGGACACUGCCGUGGAGGGAGGAGGAAGAAGUGGUGGGAGAGGCUGUGGUUCUCAGGACAUUCACACUGACUGGAGCUAGAGCCGCCUCUGUCGGUGGCUGCGUGUCAAGAGUGGUCGACUCCUUCGCUCUGCCACCUUCAGACUUCUUCGAGAUGGAGAGGUAUGGAGAGGUGGUUCAUGAAGGCCUAGUGUCGGCUAUGAAGCAGGGCAAGAAUGACGUGAGCGAGGCUCGGAAAGAGACAGAGUGUGGACUCAGUUUCUCCUCCUCCUCUGUCCAAUGGAGAGAGGGAGACGUAGUAAUCGCCUUCAACAAACGCCGUGUCCCUCCCUCACUGGACUGGGACUUUGGUUUCUAAUCAUUCCCUAUGUUCAAAUGUCAUAAAAGAAAUUUUACAGAGCAAUAAUACAAUAGCUAUGACACACAUCAUUUAUCAUCUUUCUUGAAGACGUAGGUCAGUCCGCACUUGCCGCAGUACUGUCGGUCAAAAUGUGCAGCCAUGAAGAUGCCAGCGCCACACUCGGGACCCGGGCACUCUCUUCUCAGUCGCUGUAUCUUCCCUGUGUCGUCGACCUUGUAGUAUUUUAACACUGCUAGCUUCACCUUCUUCUUUUUGUGCUUUAUUUUCUUGGGAGUCGUGUAGUUCUUCUUCUUCCUCUUCUUACCGCCACCCCGCAAACGCAGCACAAGGUGGAGAGUGGACUCCUUCUGAAUGUUGUAGUCACUCAGUGUGCGGCCAUCUUCCAGCUGUUUACCAGCAAAUAUCAACCUCUGCUGGUCCGGAGGGAUACCUUCUUUGUCCUGGAUCUUGGCCUUGACAUUCUCUAUCGUAUCACUAGCCUCGACCUCUAGAGUGAUGGUCUUGCCCGUGAGGGUCUUGACGAAGAUCUGCAUCCUUCACGGACAGAUACGAACACUGAAUUGUCAAAUAUCAUCUGAGGCCUCGUGCAGGCCUGGGGGCGUCUCGUAAGAGGACUACUGUACAUGCUAAGCGAAACUUACCUACCC